CUUUCUUUCUUUUUUUCUCAUUUAUGUCUAUAUAUAUAUGAUCAAUAUCUCUAUGUUUACAAUUUAAAUGGACUGCUUGAAGGAUUGGCCGGAGCCAGUAGUGAGGGUGCAAUCUUUAUCUGAGAGUGGUAUCACUACCAUCCCAGAAAGAUACAUCAAGCCGGCGUCGCUUCGGCCGGAGAUUUACACACCGUGUUCCAAGGAGUUAAGCAUUCCGGUGAUCGACUUAAGUGGGCUAAAACAAGAAGAGCCUUCAUGCAACUCAACCAUGCAAGCAAUCUCAGACGCUGUUCGAGAGUGGGGGUUCCUUCAAGUAGUGAACCACGGCGUAAGUCCGGCUCUUAUGAAGAGAGCCAGAGAAGAUUGGAGGAGCUUCUUUCACCAACCCAUGGAGGAGAAACACAAGUAUGCAAACAGUCCUAAGACUUAUGAAGGUUAUGGUAGUAGAUUAGGGAUUGAGAAAGGUGCCAUUCUUGAUUGGGGUGACUACUAUUUCCUUCAUCUACUUCCCAAAUCUCUCAAAGACCCUAAUAAGUGGCCUUCUCUUCCUCCUUCUAUCAAGGAUAUAAUUGAGGAAUAUGGGAAAGAAGUGAUGAAGUUGUGUGAGAGGUUGAUGAAGGCUAUGUCAGUGAGUUUAGGGGUUGAUGAAGAGUACUUACAAAGAGCUUUUGGAGGAGAAGAUGUAGGGGUUUGCAUGAGAACAAACUAUUACCCUAAAUGUCCACAACCAGAGUUAACACUAGGGCUUUCAGCUCAUUCAGACCCAGGAGGGAUGACAGUAUUGUUAGUGGAUGACAGAGUUCAAGGUUUGCAAGUUCGGAAAGACAAAGUUUGGGUGACCAUUAAGCCUGUCCCGGACGCUUUUAUUGUCAACGUGGGUGACCAAAUUCAGGUAUUGAGUAAUGCAAUAUAUAAAAGUGUGGAACACCGGGUGAUGGUGAAUGCAAAGUGAAGAAAGGAUAUCUAUAGCUUUCUUUUACAACCCAGAAGUGACCUUCUAAUUGGUCCUGCACCGGAACUUGUGACACCUGAUCGACCUGCGCUCUAUCAGCCAAUGACGUACGAUGAUUACCGUCUCUUUAUCCGGAAACAAGGACCACAAGGGAAGUCCCUCAAGUCCACAUGAUAUUCAUAUAUAUAUAUAUAUAUGUAUAUCUUCAUGUUGUACAUGUUAUUGUCUAUUAAUUAAUAUAUUUUUGUUGAUUUUUACUUGUUA